GGAGCUUUCUUCGGCGCAGAAGCGCUGGGGCCCCCGGGGGUGGUGGCGGGGCUGGCAGGUGAAGGGAAGUGGGAGAAGGUCCCAGCUGCUGGGGAGCCUUCGUCUGUCAUCAGUCCCUUCCUUCCUCCAACCUGCCUCCGUUCCCGUACUCUGUCUACACUUUCUUGGGGCUGAUCAGAAACAAAAGGGCAAAGGGGCGCACGCAGCAGAGUCAGGUCCUGAAAUCACCAGGGGAUUUCUUUUGCGGGCGAGAAGGUGAAAAGGAAGAAUAGUGACCAGACUCUGGCUCCAGCGGCUUCAGCCAGCGGCUAAGGCAGCCGUGAUAACACUUUCUUAAAGUGAAAGCGAAAGCCAAGUAGACGGAGAAGACUGACGGCGCCACGCGGCCGACCAGGCAGGGGUGUUUGAAGCCCCUUCUCCAGCCGACCCCUGGCCAGCGGGGGGACUGAAGUAGGGCGGCGGGGGAGGAGGGCCCGAGAGCAGCCCCCAUGGGCGCCGAGGGGUGGUGCCUACUGCUCUGCUUGGCUUUCUCCGGGGCGGCAAACGUCGCAGAAAGGCAAUGGCAGGCAGUGGACGUGGUCCUGGACUGCUUCCUGAUGGAAGAAGGUGGGCACCAUGGAGGGUUCGCCAGCAGUGAGAACAUGGUGAAGGCCGUGCUGGUGCUGAGGCAGGUACCAGUGCCAGACGAUGGCUCCCUGGAAGGCCUCACGGAUUUCCAAGUGGAUACACUGACCAAGGACAACUCACUCAUUGCUUUCGAGGCCUCAGUGAACCUGGUACAGAUUCCCCAGGCCGAGGCCCUGCUCCACGCCGACUGCAGCGGGAAGGAGGUGACCUGUGAGAUUUCCCGCUAUUUCCUCCAGGCCAGGCCAGAGGCCACCGUGGAGAUGGCAACCUGGUUCAUCACCAACGUGCAGGUGUCUGGAGGAGGACCAGGUGUCUCCAUGGUGAUGAAGACUCUUGAGGAUGCUGAGAAUGAGGCUGUCUUGCACCCCACGCUGAAACUGCCCCUGAGCCCCCAGGGGACUGUGCGGACUGCAGUGGAGUUCCAGGUGACCACACAGACGCCAUCCCUGAAUUUCCUGCUGGGGUCCACAGCCUCCCUACACUGUGGUUACUCCGUGGCACCUGGCUUGGACGUUACCAGCGUGGAGUGGCGGCUGCAGCAUAAGGGCAGUGGCCAGCUGGUAUACCACUGGACCACAGGGCAGGGGCAGGCCAAGCGGGAGGGUGCUACCCUGGAGCCUGAGCAGCUGCUCACAGCUGGAGAUGCCUCCCUCACGCUACCCAGCCUCACUCUACAGGAUGAGGGGGCCUACAUCUGUCAGAUCACCACCUCCCUGUUCCAAGCUCAACAGGUCAUCCAGCUCUACAUCCAAGCUUCCCCCAAAGUACGACUGAGCUUGCUGAACGCAGCCCCGCCAGCCACCCUCAUCUGCAAUGUUGCUGGCUACUACCCACUGGAUGUGUCUGUGACCUGGACCCGGGAGGAGCAGGGUGGCUCCCCAGCCCCUGUCUCUGGCGCCUCCCUCUCCAGCCUCCGGCAGAGCCCAGCUGGCACCUACAGCAUCUCCUCCUCCCUGACGGCGGAGCCUGGCUCUGCGGGAGCCACUUACACCUGCCAGGUCACCCACGUCUCCCUGGAGGAACCCGUGGGGGUCCACGCCUGGGUUGCCCCACCAGUUGCAGAGCAGAAGUCAGCCCUGGGAGUCCUUCUGGCCAGCAUCCUCUUCGUCCUGACCUUGCUGUUCCUGGGGCUGCAGAGACGCCAAGCUACCUCACCAAGGUCUCCCAAAACCUCAAGGCACUCUGGGUAGCCGCUCUCCUGCCUUAAAUAUAAGAGAUUCACAUUCUCCCAGAAGGACUCUGAGCUGAGUCCCAGACUCCAAAAGGCCCCAAGAAAGCUAAAAAGAAGGCAUGGAUCACUGACUCUGGAUUUCUACAGGCCCCUGCCCUCCUUCAUUGCACGCCCUGGGCCAAUAUACCAAGGGAAAGAGCGUGGAGAGGUGGCAGGGUGGCAGGACGGCAGAGGUCUGGGUGGAGCUUGAGACCUGAGCCAGCUUGGAGGUGGAGGCGUGGGGCUGGAAAAGAUGCCAGAAAAAAAAAAUUCAGAAAGGAGCAGUGGGACAGGGUGGGAAUUGGACGAACACACAGUCACUGAACUAUGUGCAAAUAAAAGCGCCAAGUGUCCUCAGAA